UCAGGGGGUAGAGUCUAAGUGGUGAGGAGUGGAACAAUUGUCUGGUUGUGCACCUAACACCAUGGUUGACACCCGUAGUGGGAAGAGUACUACCCCAUAUACCCAAGCCCAGGAGGAGCGUGCCGCCGCCAUUCUGAAAGAGAGAAAGGAGAUGAAGGAGAAGAAGGAGCUCCUCAAACAGGCGAAGUUGAAGACGAUCGCAGAGGAGCAGGCGGCGAAGAGGAAAAGGUUGGAAGAAGAGAUGAUGAGAUUACAGAAGGAGGAGGAAGAGAAAAGAAGGGCUUCUUCAGAGGUAGAAGAAGAACCCCUCGAAAGGAGGCGUAGGGAAGAGAGAGGGGAAACUAGUGGCACGAAAGGGGAAGAUGAAUGGAUGGAGAAGGAGAUUAGUGAGUGGGUAGCUAAUUUAUUGUUGGGAGAAGAUGAGGAGGCAAUGUUGUACGUGCCUCAGGAGGAGAGAGAAGCAUUCGCCAGGCGGCUGGAAGCGAUGGAGGACCCCCUGGACCGCCAGACGGCGGAAGAUGAAAAGAGGUUAGAGUGGAAGUUGCGGCUGGCCAGGGAAAAGAAGAGCAGGAGAGAGGAGGCCAACCGGGUGGCCAAAGAGGUGGAGAAGAUCCAGGCGUGCAGGCAGGAAGUGCAGGCACAAGAAGAGACCCCCACUAAAUUAGAUAAGAUUCUGGGUUAUAUUAGCCGCAAAGCGCUGAAGAAGCUAAGGCUAGGUUUGAAGGUCCAGAAAUUGGAAGACCCCAUAGUCAGUGUCCUCGCAGACAACCGCACUAUGCGUGUUGAGAACUACGUAGAGGGAGUCAAGGCGUAUUUCCGCCUAGAGAAAGAUGGGAAAGUAGAGAGAGUUCUCCAUUCCCUGACUCUCCUCGUACAGGAUGACCUUCCUUUCGAUAUAGUCCUAGGCAUGGACUGGGGAGAGGCAGCCGGGGCCACACUCCAUUUGAGAGAGCACGAGUGUAGGCUCCCUAGUCCGUCAGGUGAGGUUAAGACUGCCCGCCUGUUUCAUGCGUCUGGAGUAUAUCACUCCCUGGCACAUUGUUGUCUCAGUGCUCCCGCGUUCGCGCGAUUAGUGAAAAAGGAGCAGUUAGAAGAUCAGGUCUUCGUAGCUUACAUCAGACCUGUCACUGAGCCUAAGGAAGAGGAACCCAUAGACCCAGCUAUUGCCAAGCUCCUGGAAGAGUUCAAAGAUUUGACAGAGCCGCCAACAGGAGUAGUGUCGCGGCUGAUCCAGCACAGAAUAGAGAUAGCGCCUGGCAGUAGAACUCCUAAGGGAGCAGUUUACAAGAUGUACCCUCGGGAGUUAGAGGAGCUGCGUAAGCAGUUAGAUGAGCUCCUAGGAAAGGGCUGGAAACACUUCUUUGACACACUGAAGCCCCCUGACUUCUAUGUGAAAAUCAAGACAAUUGGUGUCCCAUGCGACAGGAAGAAGGCCAAGACUGAAGCACGGCACAGAACCCGGCGCCCAAAUUGGGAGCAGCAGACCUUCAGCUUCCCUCUGGCAGUGCCUGAGCUGGCACUGCUGUUCUUUGAGGCAUGGGACGAAGACACACUGCACAAAGAUGACUUCGCUGGGCAAGCUUGCUUCCCCAUCGGUGAGCUACGGCCAGGAGUGCGUGUGGUUCCCCUACUCAGCAAGAAGGGCGAACCGAUGGGAGCAGCACUUCUUUGUUCCUUCAAAUUUGUGACUCACUAAACCAGCGAGAGACACAGACAGAGAAACAUUUCGAAGUGUACGUAUUUAACUUUCCCAGCCCUUAAACCACCAGUACUUCAAAAAAAACCAUGCCGGUUAACAAGCCACGAUUUUAGGAAAUGUACGGGUCACUACAGGAGCACCCAAAUUCAUCCGACUAGAAACGGUUCUACUCUAUAUUUUUCCACCAUGACGGCCGAUAGCUGGGCCCAGUAUGGUGGUUUAAAACGUCUGGUACUUAGCGCAAGUAGUUAUCAAGACCACAUAGGCCAAUAAUAUAAUUUCAAGCUCAUGUUGGUGACCAGGUGUGACUGGACUACGUCGUGGUUUGUGUAAGGGGACUCUGACAUUUUUUCGACCGAAAUGGUGGUCAACUUAAGUUAUGAUAAUAGGAUGACAUUUUGGGAGAUUAGAUAUAUUGACAUAGUCCAGUUAUGCCUGAUCUUAAACCACCGAUCCCGGGCGGGGCAGCACCGCACUGCGCGCCAGGCUUUGCUUACCCGCCAGCACUGCGCUUUUUGCCUUUUUGGUUGGCGCUGCCAGCCAUUGUGGUCUGGCAGCACCGAGCCUCCGGAAUUUUCCUAGGCCAUGAAAUGAAAUCUCCUCAAGGCUGACGGCUGCUUUGCCAGACUGCCACCGGUGGCAAGGAGGAAGAGGGUUCCUGUGAUCUAGCCAUGGCUACUUACUAUAGUUUCUGUGGGGUGGACUACAACUUGUUUGGCUCGUGGUUGAUUGCUUAGGUGGUAGCAUGGGGCCUGACAAGAUUACAAGGAGGACUGGAAGGAAUGGGCAUCACCCCUCCUAACAGCUAGACUGGUUGUCUGAAAAAAAAAUAUGAAAAAAAAGGAAUGGGUUAGCGAGGUGUGAGAUUUGUGAGAAGAAAUUCUGAGUCUAGAUUCUAAGAGAUUCUGUGGAUCCCAACGCUACAAGAGUGGUGCAGGAAGAGGCACUCCUUGUAUGGCACUCGCUUGCUGAUUAUUUGUGUCCUUCUACCUGCAGCGUGGGCUAUGCCCGGGCAAGAACACUGAUAUUUAUGUCCCCUUCGAACACUGAUAUUUAUGUCCCCUUCUACCUGAGGUGUGCACGCUGCCCAGGCAAGAAAAAAAUUGGGAAAAGUGGCACGUUUUGGUGGAUGUAGAUUCAUAAGAUACCAAUAUGACUAAACCUUCUUGUGGUACUCCAGCUCCUUGUGGCGCAGAUGGGAGUUAACCACUGCUCUCUGGUCUCUGGGAAGACGGAGGAUUUUUGAGGAUCCUUGAAGCCUUUGCCUUAGCCUUGACCUGUGGGUUUGUUGGUCAACAUGGCUAAGUGUGAUUUGUUUGUGGGAUUAGCGGCUUGUACUCUUUGCGACCAGAGAAGUUGCUGCCUCUGAAAAUAAAAGAAAUGAGGAGUUACGGGCAUGAGCGGUCCGUUGUCCAGAGUGCGAGAAACGGCACAGCAUGGGAUGAUAUGACUCAAUUUUUUUACGGGGGCAAAAAAUCAGGUGCAGUGGAGUAGGUAAACACCCCUGAACAGCCCCUGCCCCUAGCAAGUGGCUUAGCUUCCUCUGAUACUGCAAAAUAUGGUGAGAUGUAAGGACAAGCUGUGGAUCAAUUUGCUCACUGAAGAAAUGAACCCCAGGGACGAGA